AUGCACUCAGGGCCUAUUAAGAAGAGGCCACUUCUAGGAGUAAAAAUUGGCUGCCUGUUUGCCCUGCUGGCUCUCACUCUGGUCUGCGGCCGUAUUCCCAUCUGCUUCAAGUGGUUCCAGAUAGAUGAAGCCACUGGUCAUCACUGCCGGGUCCUUCGUCUCCUGGGCUGCACUUCUGCUGGUGUUUUCUUGGGAGCAGGGUUCAUGCACAUGACCGCUGAAGCCCUGGAGGGAAUUGAAUCAGAGAUCCAGCAGUUUGUGAUGCAGAACAGGACAGAAAGUAAGAGAAAUUCUUCUGAUGAUGCUGAUUCAGCUCAGAUGGAGUAUCCCUAUGGAGAGCUCGUCAUCUCCCUGGGCUUCUUCCUUGUCUUCCUCUUGGAGUCACUGGCAUUGCAGUGCUGUCCUGGGGCUGCUGAAGGAUCAACAGUGCAUGAGGAGGAUGGGGGGGCUCAUGUCCUUGGACUCCACAGCCAUGGGCCUCUGCCCUCACCCUCACAGGGUCCCCUUUGAGCCCUCGUCCUCUUGCUCUCACUCUCCUUCCACUCGGUGUUUGAAGGUCUGGCUGUGGGGCUGCAGCCCACUGUAGCCGCUACCGUGGAGCUCUGUCUUGCUGUCCUGGCUCACAAGGGGCUCAUAGCCUUUGGCGUAGGACCGCGGCUGGUGUGGACAGGCACUGGAUCACGAUGGGCCAUGUUCUCCAUCCUGUCAUUAGCUCUCAUGUCCCCUCUGGGCCUUGCUGUAGGGCUGGCUGUGGCCCAAGGAGACUCUGAAGGGGGGCGAGGCUUAGCCCAGGCUGUAUUAGAGGGUGUGGCAGCAGGCACCUUCCUCUAUGUCACCUUCCUAGAAAUUCUGCCCCGAGAUCUAGCUGGUCCUGAGGCCCCUCUAGCCAAGUGGGGCUGUGUAGCUGCUGGUUUCACCUUCAUGGCCUUUAUUGCCCUGUGGGCCUGAAAGAAUCCUGACUUUUCUGAUGGACUUAUCUAGAAUGUCCUCCCUACCCACAGGAGACACCUCCCAAAUAUGUUUGGCCUUCAAAUAUUUCUUCACUGAGACAUUCACUAGGCAUCAUCUCCAUUGACUGGAACCCAGCAUUUCCCUACAUGAGAUCCCAUUUCUCACCCAGGGCUGAGAAAAGGAGUUUAGGUUGACUACCUAUAAAUUGAAGAAUUGACAUAAACACCAUCUCCAGAUUUGACUCUUGUCCCAUUUAUGCUACUGUGUGUAAUCAAUGUCCAUUUCA